AUGCUCCUUCCUUCCAACAUGACGCCAGCCUCUCCUGCCUCCUUCCUUCUGACGGGCAUCCCAGGCCUGGAGCGCCUCCACGGCUGGCUCUCCAUCCCCUUCUGCGCCAUGUUCUCCGUUGCCCUCCUGGGCAACUCGGCCGUCGUCCUGGUGGUGGCGAAGGAGCAGGCCCUCCACCAGCCCAUGUACAUCUUCCUGGCCAUGCUGGCCCUCAACGACGUGGCUCUCUGCCUGGUCAUCGUCCCCAAGGCGCUGGCCAUCUUCUGGUGGCGAGCGGAGGAGAUCUCCUUCCAGGGCUGCCUGGCCCAGAUGUUCUUUGUCCACGCCUUCUUCCUCUCCGAGUCGGCCAUCUUGCUCGCCAUGGCCUUCGACCGCUUCGUGGCCAUCUGCCGGCCACUGCGGUACAUGGCCAUCCUCACUGGCACCACCCUGGCCAGGAUUGGGGCCAGCCUGGUGGCCAGGAGCGUCUGUGCGGUGGUCCCGGGGGUCUUCCUCCUCCGCAGGCUGCCCUACUGCCGCACCAACGUGAUCCGCCACACCUACUGUGAGAACAUGGGCAUCGCCAAGCUGGCCUGCGCAGACGUCACACUCAACAGCGCCUACGGCUUGGCGGCCGCCUUCCUGACCACCGGCCUGGACGCCAUCCUCGUGGUGGUCUCCUAUGUCCUCAUCCUGCGGGCUGUCCUGAGGCUGCCGUCCAGAGACGCCCGGCUCAAGGCCUUGGGCACCUGCGGGUCCCAUGUGGGCGUCCUGGCAGUCUUCUACAGCCUGGCUUUCUUCUCCUUCUUCACCCACCGCUUUGGCCACAGCGUCCCCCACCACGUCCACAUCCUCCUGGCCAACCUCUACCUCCUGGUGCCCCCCACCCUAAACCCCAUCGUCUACGGGGUGAAGACCAAGGAGAUCCGGGGGCAUGUCCUUGGCCUGCUGAGACGGAAGGGCAGUGCCCCCCAGUUUGGGGUCUGA